UCGAGACACACGGUACGCUUGGAUAGAAUUUUUUCAUCGAAUCGUGCACUCGCGAUUAGUUUCGGUGUGCACGAGCGCGGGCGUGUCAUAGAGACACACGGUAGAACGAAACAUCCAUCGGGCGGGGGAACAGUCUCAGCGACAACGCGCGACCACCUGUAGUUGUGGCCCCGAGCCACUUCUGAACGGCCCAUCGGACGAACCUGCUCCGUGACUCCCCAUUAGUCUCGCGGGAUUUCUUGGUUUCUUGCAAACACCAGACAGCUGGACUAUACGUCGUCCAACAGCUCGACACACGACACGUUGCUGUACGAUUACUGCUGAAGGCCAAGGGCGAACACAUCCGGACGUAUACCGUUCAAGCUUGCCAGGAUUACCACCAAAAUGAAGACCUCGUCAUUUUCACUGCGCGUCAUGCGACGGGCUCGCAACAAACCAGCGGACGGUGUAGGCCACGUGAACCAGAAGGGCUCCGCGGGUCAAAAGGCGCCGCUCGCGACUGGACAGAAGGUUGCACCUGGCGCUAAAGUCGCGGCGAAACCGGCACAAAAACCUUCCGCUCAAAAGGGACAGGUUAAAGUUACGCCCAAGGCGGUGUCCGUCAAGACUGGCAAGAACAAAAAGAAGGGGCAACGGCAGCAGUACGAUCUCAUUGUUACUAUCAAUUUGUCUGAAUAUGGGCUCACGGAGGAUCAAGUGGCCGAAUUCAAAGAGGCGUUCAUGCUCUUCGACAAGGACGAGGACGGUACCAUCACAAUGGCGGAACUCGGCGUGGUUAUGCGAUCUCUGGGACAGAGGCCGUCGGAGACGGAAUUGCGGGAUAUGGUGAACGAAGUGGAUCAAGACGGGAACGGUACAAUCGAGUUCAAUGAGUUCCUGCAAAUGAUGUCGAAGAAAAUGAAGGGCGCCGAUGGGGAAGACGAGUUGCGCGAAGCAUUCAGAGUAUUCGACAAGAACAACGACGGUUUGAUCUCGUCGAAAGAGCUGCGACACGUGAUGACGAAUCUCGGCGAGAAACUGUCGGAAGAAGAGGUCGACGACAUGAUUAAGGAAGCGGAUCUGGACGGGGAUGGGAUGGUGAACUACGAAGAAUUUGUGACAAUCCUGACGUCGAAGAAUUAGUUCGGUGGCCGUGGAUCGAACGCUGCGAAGCUACGAACCUGCCGGAAGUCUUCGUCGAAGAGUCGAAUCAAGCGAAGUUCCUCCCUGAAAUCUUAAGGUGGGAUCGCCCAUAC